GAGUGUAUGGCGGAGGGGCAGAAGCAGACGCUGUCGGCGCGGAGGAGCCUCGGCGCUGGACGGAAAACCAAGGCAGCUGCGACUCGGAGCGAUGCCAACACCACCGCGUCUGCCUUCGCCGUGCCAGCGAUGCCCGGGAUGGCGUGCGUUGGCGGGGAGGGGCGCCUGGAGCUGGAGGGGGACGUGGCUGCGCUGCGAUUCUGGACGGCUGCCCUGGGGGCCAAGGAGGCGCGGGAGGCGUCGAAGUGCGAUGGAGGUGCUCGGGGCGUUCCUCCAACGCUGAUUAUGGGGUCGGGGUGGCUGCUCCGCGGGGCGUCCCUGCAGAACUUUGAGACGGGCCAGAUGUGCUCCUCCGCCCCCCGGCCGAUGCUCAUACAACCCGCAGGGACUUACGCCGAGAUCUUGACGUCGUGUCACGCCCUGGGAGGUGCCCUCUUGACCCAGAACGAGGCGGACGAGGCCGCCUUGAUCCUCGCUCGCGGCACCAACGACUCCUGUCUGACCGAGGACGGGCUGGCGACGUGGAUGGCGAGGGACGAGGCGGACGUCUGGUCCCCGCGCACCGUGUCCGUGGAAGACGAGUGCCCCGCUCUGGGCGUCGACGGCGCCACCUGGACGGCCUGCGUGCGAAGUUUCUCUUGCUCCGUGUGCCUGCUUCCCCCGGCCGUUAUGUACAACCUCUACGGCCACGACGGGAGCCUCUUCGACAACAGCUUCUACGUGAACGCGAGCGCCGGAGAGCCGCAGCUGAGAGGCGUGGCGGGGUCCCACAUCACGCGGCGGGGGAAGGGCUGGGUUUUAGGGUCCGAGCUGCACGGGGAGGAGUGGACGCUGGAGGACGCCGUCGUGCCCGCGGGACGCAGGCAGUGGCUGACGGAGGACGGAGACCUGGUGCUGACGCUCACCACCUGCCUCACCACCGAGUUCGCCUGCGACGACGGCCAGUGCAUCGCGCACACGCUCCGCUGCGACAACGUGGCUCAGUGCGACGACCAGUCCGACGAGAGGAACUGCCUGGUGGUGCAGCAGCCCUCCGGGUACGACCCUUACUACCCCCCGCCCCCGCGCCCCGGCGAGUCCGUCCCCCUCGACCUCGAGUACCAAGCCCACGUGUACAGCAUCGAGGACGUGACCACCGAGGGCGGCGUGGUGACCAUGAGCGUGGGCGUGACCCUCACCUGGUUCGACCCCCGCCUCAAAUUCGUCAACCUGAAGCCGCAGGUGAAGAACUACUUCCCGUGCCAGAAGGUGUGGACGCCGUCGGUGAGGGCGGUGUCGGGCCACGGCGAGGGCACCGUCAUCGACGCCGAGAGCCACGAGGACCUCUGCUUCGCCUUCGCCAACGACGAGACCGUGGAGAAGCCGCUCAGCGACGCCUUCAUGGGCCACCAAGCAGACGGCGCCACCCACAGCAUCGUCCACUACAGCGUGGUCCUGGUCUCCGUCCCCUGCCACUUCGAGCUGCAGAUGUACCCCUUCGACUUCCAGCUCUGCAACAUCUCCUUCAUGCUGAUGAACGCGCCGUGGUCCAGGGUCUUCCAGAGGACUUCGCCGACCAUUGAGGUUCCUUAUCUGAAUUCGCGCCGAGUCGUGUUAGAAUACGCCCUCGAGAACGUGACGACGGAGAUCGGGUCGUUCCUGCAGGGGACCGACAACAACACCUACUUCGCCCUCACCUACCACCUCAGGAGGAUCUACGGCUAUCACGUGACCAACAGCUUCUUCCCCAGCCUGCUCAUGUUCUUCAUAUCGUAUGCCACGUUUUACUUCCAGCUGGACGACUUCACCAACCGCAUCAUGAUCUCCCUGACGGUGCAGCUGGUCCUGGCGUCCCUCUUCACGUCCACCACGCAGUCCUCCGUCAGGACCCCGUACCUCAAGCUCAUCGACGUCUGGUACGCCGCCAUCAUCACCUUCUGCUUCGUCAUCAUCAUCUGCCAGACGGUCAUCAACGUCAUCUUCCACUCGAAGGGCGUGCCGAGGGUCGUCUACAGGGCUGUUCUGCUUAGGGAAAUGGACCUUAAGGCUACUAAGGUCAUAUCUGUGACACCUGAAAGCGGCCGGGACAAAGGAAGGUCAUCUCCAGGUCAGAGGUCAUCGCCGACGACGCGCCCUGACCUCGGGACGCCGGAGGGACAGGCGGUCGCCCGGAGGUACAACACCGUCUCCCGCGUCUGCAUCUUGGCCGUCGUCGUCGCCUUCGUCUUCGUGUACAGCCUGAUGGCCCUCAGGCUCCUCUGAGACGACGCAUGGAGUCACGACGACCGCGGACGACGUGGAGUGCUGGUUGCGACGACUUUGGGCUGCGAUGAGCGUGGCUGCCACGUCCUCGGGGUACGACGACCCUACGAUACGACGACUUUGCGCUGCCUGGCUCAGGCGACUAAGAGAUAGAGUGGCUAUAGAGAUUGACGACUUUGGAUUAUCACGACUAUAAGCUAUGGCUAC